AUGUCGGUGCGGGCCGGCGUUGCCGUGCUGCUUGGCCUGGGGUGUUUGUUGUGGGUCAUGACAACCGGCGUGGUCUUGGCUGAGGCUUGCGUUGAGGGGGACGAGUGUCCCGCUGCAAUCGAGGUGGAGGAUGGCCAACUUUGCCUUGCUGCUGGUGCUGCGGACGAGAUCAACCUCCAACGAUCCAACGCGUCGGCCACGCAAGCUGAUAUCGUCACGCUUCAAGCCCUGACAGCUUCGCACGAUGUCAAUCUUGCUCGUUUGGUCGAGACAAUCGAGGCCGUCAACACCACUCUGGGACAGAGCGCCACUGCACAAGCCCUGGUUGAUCUUGAGCUUGCACUCAUCUCCGAUACAGCGGCAAUCAACUCUUCCCUACAGACCUUGUCAACUCACGUCCUCGCCUCCGAAGGCGCCCACACACAGGCGCUUGCGAAUCUCACAUCGCAACUUCAGGGCCUGUCCAGUCAGCAGCAAGCCACCACUGCCAACUUCACAGAGCAACUACAAACCUUGGCCGCGGAAAACACCGUCCUUCGCAACAACCUUAGCGCCUCAGUGGCCAGCUUUGAAGCUGCCGAAGCCAGUUUCGAAGCCCUCAUCUCCGAGCUGGCUGGCAACGUCUCCCGCCUUUCCUCAGGCCUGGCUGACCUUCAACUUGGAUCUCGCAACGCGCCUGGGGCAAGCUGCGAGCAUCUUCGCAAGAACAUGGAAGCCACCGAGCUGAGUGACCUCAAUGGCGUCUUUUAUCUUGAAGAUGCCUCGGGCGCGUCCUAUCGAGCUUUUUGCUACACCUUUGGCGGCCAAGCCUAUGAACUUGCCCUAAACCUCGAUACCUCGGAUGGCCAUGUCAUGUGGUGGGGCAAUGAGCUCUGGCAAAACGAACAGGAGUAUGGCACAAUCAGUACCGCCUACACCUUGGCGUCUGCGGGCGACAAAAAGACGACAUCCUGGUUCAAGGCAACGGGCAUCACUCAUCUCGUACUUGCCGUGCACGUGGGCGGCACUGUUGUGGGUUGGCGGCAGUUUGAAACCUCCUCCGGGGCCGCACUAAGCGAUUACUUUGGUGGUCAGUGUGCUCCACUGGAUGAUGGGCCUGAGUGGGCCAAUUGCAAUCUUCAUCUUGGUCGUGCGACGGGCCUAGCCAGCGUUGGAAAUCUUGAACCCAACGAGAAACUCGUCAAGUUGUCACGCGAGCUGUACGCCAAUCACGUCGUAGAUACCAGUAUCAAAGACCUGGACCGGAUCAGCUCUGACAGUGCCUCGGCCGGAUUCACUGAUAACAUGGGCGGUGGCCUAGGCAACUGGCACGAUAUGCCAUAUGGCAUGCCAACCAACGGCGCUACCUCAGUGGUCGGCAUCAACUUUCUGCCAAACAGCGCCUUUCGGACUGUGUCCGAAGCUCAAGCUGGCUGGUGUGACUACGAUGGCGAUAACAGCGGCAUGUACGGAACUGACAGUUUUGCCCCAGCCACGUGUGCCCAAAGUGACAGUGAUCCCACCAAGGCCGCCUGGUCAUAUUCCAAUGGCAUCGAGUAUGAUUAUUCGGUGUUUGUAGCUGCGCUCGAGGAGCGGCCUUCAUUUUGGGGCCAAGCGUCUUCUCAGCCCAUUGAGGCCGACUGCUCAGCGCUUUACGCAAAGCACGGUUCCGCCAUGGUCACGGGUGUGUACAAGAUCGAUCCGGACGGCCAAGGGAGCUUUGACGCUUUCUGCUGGGUCGAAGGUGGCACGGCUUGGACCUUGCUUCUGAACCUGGACACGUCCGAUGGCCAUGUCAUGUGGUGGGGCAACCCGCUGUGGGAGAAUACAAACACCUACAACGACGUGCGCGAUCAUUACUUCCUGCGGCACGACGCCAAGACAACGGCUGCCAUGCGUGUCAAAAGUACGACGCACAUGAUGAUGAUGGUUCAUGAAAAUGGCAUCAUGAUCGGCUGGCAGGUUUGGACGCGUGGAAACCAGCAGCUGUCAUUCCACGAGCACUUUGCCAACGGCUGCUCCGCGACCAAUCACGCCGAGUGCAACAAAGUUCUUGGUGCAGAGCGCGUGGCAGCAGUCGGGAACGUAUCGCAGAUCAAUUCAAUCGAGACACUGGUGCGCACCAGCAGCGUGAUUCAUGCGAAUCAAGUGAUUGGCAAUCAAGACUUUGAUCGCAUUGCUUCUUCGGAGUCGACGUGUGGCGCGACGGACAACUGCGGAGGUGGUCUAGGUAACUGGCAUGAUGCCCCACGCGGGCGCCCCACCGACGGCUCAACCACGAUCGACGGUUUCGUCCUCGAUCAUAAUGAUGCGUUUCGCACAACCAGCGAGGCCCAGGCUGGCUGGUGUGUUGCCUAUGGAACGGGAAACACGGGCAUGUUUGGCACCGACAGCUACGCCGCCCCCUCGUGUGCACUCGAUAAUUCCGACCCGACCAAGGCUGCUUGGUCGGGGCCCAGCGGCCUCAACUACGACUACGCCAUCUUCUUCGGCAGCCUGUAA